CAGGAGACAGGAGGAGGAGGGGAGGUGAUCUCGCGAAAGAAAAGAGGUCGGGAGCACUCGCGAGAUCUCGGACCACCGGACCCAAAAGGUUCUUAGGAAGUUGAAGGGCCCGGAGCCGGCCCCGGGGCAAAUGGCCGGAGCUGGACCAGCCAUGCUGCUACGAGAAGAGAAUGGCUGUUGCAGCCGGCGUCAAAGCAGCUCCAGCGCCGGGGACUCAGACGGGGAGCGCGAGGACUCGCCGGCCGCGCGUGCCCGGCAGCAGCUGGAGGCGCUGCUCAACAAGACUAUGCGCAUUCGCAUGACAGACGGACGGACCCUGGUCGGCUGCUUCCUGUGCACCGACCGCGACUGCAAUGUCAUCCUGGGCUCGGCGCAGGAGUUCCUCAAGCCGUCGGAUUCCUUCUCCGCGGGGGAGCCCCGCGUCCUGGGCCUGGCCAUGGUACCCGGCCACCACAUCGUCUCUAUUGAAGUGCAGAGGGAGAGCCUGGCGGGGCCUCCUUAUCUCUGACCACGAUCGCGCGUGCUUUGCACACCAUUAAACCUGUAACGAAG